AUGCCCAACCCCCGCGCCAUCCUCGACCAUGCCCACACGCAUCACUACGGCGUCCCCGCCAUGUGCUGCUAUAACCUCGAGGGCAUCCUCGCGACAGUCCGCGCCGCCGAAGCCAAGCGCUCGCCCGCAAUGAUCCUUCUUUUCCCUUGGGCCGUCCACUACGCCAACGGCCUGCUCGUGCAUGCAGCCGCCGAAGCCGCGUCCGCCGCAUCGGUCCCUAUCGCCGUGCACAUGGACCACGCGCAGACGCCAGAGAUCAUCCGUCGCGCUGCGGAUAUCGGCGGGUUUGAUGGGAUUAUGGUGGACAUGUCGCAUUAUGAGAAGGAAGAGAAUCUGAAGUUGACGAGGGAGUUGGUUGCAUAUUGUCAUGAGAGGGGGAUUGCGACGGAGGCAGAGCCGGGGAGGAUUGAGGGGGGCGAAGACGGUGUCGCAGACACUGCAGACCUAGAGGGGAUGCUCACCACCCCCGAAGAGAGUGAGGAGUUCGUUGCAACGGGGAUUGACUGGCUUGCGCCUGCCUUUGGCAAUGUGCAUGGUGAAUACGGCCCCCGGGGGAUUCAGCUGGAGUACGACAGACUCCUUUCGAUCCGGGACAAGGUUGGGGAUCGGGUGCGGUUGGUUCUGCACGGUGCAGACCCGUUUGACAAGGAGAUCUUCCAGAAGUGCAUUGAGUGUGGAGUGAGCAAGAUCAAUAUCAACAAGGUGUUGAAUAAUGAGUUUGUGAGGGUUUGGGGAGAGAAGGCUGGCAAGGCGCCGUUGACGAGUGUCAUCGAGGAGGCGACGGAUGCUAUGCAGAAGGCUGUUGAGAGGUGUAUGGACAUGCUGGGGUCGACGGGGCGUUACUGA